CGAGGAAGUAAGCGGGGGAACAUGAUGUGCCACUAGCCACUGACACAUCUGAUCUGCUUGUUCUCUCAGUUUAUGUGUCUAAGUAUAUGUGGCAGCUAUCUGUAUGCCAUGUGGACUUUGAAAUUGAUUUGGUCCUGUAGUCCAAGAUGCAACAUAGAAAAUCAUACAACACAAUCUUCAGUGAAGUCACUCCUACAGCAAAUCACCAAUAAAUUCUGGAAGUAUUCUCAUCAAAUGGGCCAGCAGGGAUCAAGUCUGAUGUAAUAACAUAUUCAACAUGACACUGUAAUAAAGAUGGAGUUUGUUGAAGAGAGUGAAGACGUCAGUGAUGCUGAAUCAUCCAAGAUGAAUAAUGAAGAGGCUAAAGAACAAAGAGAACUGAUGGAAUCAAACAAGGAAUGUCAAGCAUGGAAUGAAAUGGAGGAGAAUCAGGAAGCUCCUAAUUCCAUAAAUGGAGAAAACUCUUUUAGUGGGACACAUACUAAGGAUGGUUUCUCUCAAGAAAGCACAGAAGCCAAAAAUGCUUUUGCAUGCCAGCAUUGUGGAAAGACUUUUUCGCAAAAAGGACACCUGAAGUAUCACAUAAGAAUUCAUACCGGAGAAAGGCCUUACAAGUGUCAUCAGUGUGACAAAUCUUUCACACAAAAAGGCCACCUUAGGGACCAUAUAAUAACUCACACUGGUGAGAGGCCAUUCACCUGUCCUCAGUGUGGCAAGGGUUUUAUGAGCAAAGGAAACCUUAAUGUUCACAUUAAAAUUCACACCCGAGAGAGGCCUUUCACUUGUCCGCAGUGUGGAAAGACUUACACGUGUAAAGGACACCUUAAAGAACACUUAGGAACUCACACUGGUGAAAGGCCUUUCACAUGCCCACAAUGUGAAAAGAGUUUCACACGGAAAGGAAACCUUAAUAUUCACAUGAAAACUCACACCAGAGAGAGGCCUUACACAUGCCCUCAGUGUGGGAAGAGUUACACAUCUAAAGGACACCUUAAGGAACACAUAGGAACUCACACUGGUGAGAGGCCUUUCGCAUGUCCUCGAUGUGGAAAGUGUUUUACACGUAAAGGAAGUCUUAAUAUUCACAUAAAAGGUCACACUAGAGAGAGUCCUUAUUCAUGCCCUCAGUGUGGAAAGUGUUUCCCAACUAAAGGCCAUCUUGACAGUCACGUAAGAGUUCACACCGGAGAGAAGCCGUUCACAUGUCCUCAGUGUGGGAAGAGCUUCAAUCAACGAGGACAUCUGAAGCAUCACAUAAGAAUUCACACAGGUGAAAGGCCUUUCUCAUGCCAGUUGUGUGGUAAAGGUUUCACACAGGCGCAAAGCCUUAAAUUUCACCUGCAGUUUCACUCUGGCGAAAGGCCAUUUGGCUGUGAUGAGUGUGGUCAAAAAUUUGUUUUGGAGUCACUGCUGAAAAGACACCUGAGGACGCAUUCCAACGAGCAGCCUUAUUUGUGCUCUGUUUGUGGGAAGAGUUUUCUAUUCCUUGACUAUUUUAAACAGCACCAGAAAAUACAUAGCAGUGUGAAGUCUCAUGGUUGCUCUGAAUGUGGAAGUUCCUUCAUGAGAGCCAGAGACUUGGAGCGGCACAGAAGAAUCCAUUCUGGAGAAAAACCUUUCAAGUGCUCACAUUGUGGAAAGGGAUUCACUGAGUCUGGAAACCUGGUAAAACAUGAAAGAGUGCAUACUGGAGAGAAGCCGUACCAAUGCCUUUCAUGUGGGAGGAGUUUUAGACAAUCACGUAGUCUAUUGGCUCAUGUAGAAAAGCACUGUCCACAAGUCGUUACAGUGACCAACCUUCAGGCUUCAGCUCCAAACACACUGUGUGAAAUUCAGAUGAACCCGAUGAUGCAAUCUGUGCAUCAGUAGUAGGAAUAAGGCCUGUUCACAGACAGUUCAGUGCUAUAAACAUUUUAUUUUUAAUGCGCUUAAUGCGUCUGUUUAGACAGUCAUGAACAUUAGCAUUUUUAAGGACAGGUGUUGUAAUCCAUUUUCCAUUGCACUGUGAAGAAAACUGGCCACAUGCCCAGAGCCACCGCUGUUACAUAAAACAACUAUUUCCUGCCACUUUUAAAAAAGACUAUUUUGCUAAAUGAUAGUAAAUAGCGGAGAAAUAAUUCAGAACUAGUUCUCUUGUCUCUGUGCACUUGUAUAUAGUUUUGUUUGAUAAAACUGUAGUGAAGAUGAAAAGUUGAACUACUGUUUCAAAACUGUAUAUACUAUUGGACGUAUCUUUUUCAUGUAAAGUUCCAUGUUCCAUUUGUGCACCAGAGAAAUCAGACCUGUCAGACCUACUGUGAAUUAGGAUUUUCCUGUCUGCCAUUUAACACAUUAGUCUGCAAAGACAAAUCACCUGUGGAAAUCAGAACAAAUGUUUUUGAUAAAUAUUCAUGUUUGUGUGAACAGGCCUUUAGUCUGUUCAUAUCCUGCAUUUUGUUAAUUGUAAAACUAAUGCAUGAAUAAGAUAUUUCACAUGAAAGACAUUUAUAUAUAGUCCACAAGAGAAAAUGUAUUAUUUUAAAUUUAUAAAAAUUACCCCAUUCAAAACUUUACAAACGCUUGAUUUUUAAUACUGUGAGAUCCACAGCUGCUUUUUGUUUAGUGAAGUUGUUCACUAGUCCCUUGUUUGUCCUGAACAGUUAAACUGCCCACUGUUCUUCAGAAAAAUCCUUCAGGUUCCACAAAAGCUUUGGGGUUUUUCUUUAGCAUUUUUGUGUAUUUGAACCCUUUCCAACAAUGACUGUAUGAUUUUGAGAUCCAUCUUCUCACACUAACGACAACUGAGGGACUCAUAUGCAAGUAUUACCUAAGGUUCAAACCCUCACUGAUGCUCCAGAAGAAAACACAAUGCAUUAAGACCUGGGGGGGUGAAAACUUUUUGAAUUUGAAGAUCAGGGUAAUUUCACUUAUUUUGUCCUCUGGGAAACAUGUAAGUAUCUACUGUAGCUUCUGAAGGGCAGUACUAAAUGAAAAAAAAAAAAAAUUAAGCAAAAUAAGAAAAAUGUACACAUCUUCAUUCUGUUCAAAAGUUUACACACCCUGGUUCUUAAUGCAUAAUUUUUCCUUCUGGACCAUCAGUGAGCAUUUGAACCUUUUGUUAUAGUUGCAUAACUAUUUUGUUAUAGUCCCUCAGUUGUCCUUAGUGUGAAAAGAUGGUUCUCAAAAUUAUACAGUCAUUGUUGGAAAGGGUUCAAAUACACAAAAAUGCUGAAAAACCAAAGAAUUGGAGUGAUCUGAAGAAUUUUUCUGAAGAAAAAAUUAACAACUCAUUAACAACUAUCACUAAAAGAACAAAAAAACAUUCAGGCAGUAUUUAGAAUCAAGUGUAUGUAAACUUCUGAACAGGGUCAUUUUUAUACAUUUUCUCUUGUUGACUGUAUAUGUUAUGUGAAAUAUCUUAUUCAGGUCAGUACUAAAUGAAAAAUAACACACGUUUUGUGUGAUCCCUCUUGUUUUGGUAAAAUAAUUAACAUUUUGCAGAUUCUGCAAGGUGUAUGUAAACUUUUGACUUUAACUGUAAUUGUCCAAAUAAAAUACCAUCCUUGAAAUGCUU